AUGGCAGCUUACUCAGCUCAACUUCGCGGAGCUUCUCGCGUCUUCGUUGUAGACCGUGUUCCUGAGAGACUGGCUGUUGCGGAAAAGAUCGGCUGUACCCCAAUUGACUUCACCAAGGGUGAUGCCGUGGACCAGAUUAUUCGUCUCAACGGCGGAGAGGUCGACCGCUCCGUGGAUGCUGUCGGUUACCAGGCCGUAGACACCAGCGGCUCGAAGGAAAAGCCGAACAUUGUGCUUGAGAACAUGAUCCGUGUCACCAGGGCCUGCGGAGGCAUGGGAAUUCCUGGACUCUACGUGCCAAGACUCGACCAUGCGGAAGUUGCGUACGAGAAGUUCGACAAAAGAGAGGACGGCUACACAAAGGUGCUGAUCCAUCCGAACGGGGGAUUCGAAUCUACGACAGUUGGCCAGGUUACGUCAAAAUUAUGA